UCCAUUUAUUACACUUUGACCCCAUUCAUUUCACAUCUCUCACAUCCCUGCACUUCUCUCUCCCCCCCUCUCCCUAUGGAUUCCAUACCGUAAGCCCACCUAAUCCGUAAACCCUAGAAUCCAUAUAUCCUCGAAGGUCUCCGGCAAAUCAACGGAGAGCGAAAACACGAAAAAAAAUUUGAAUUUUCCGAAAAAUUUGUGUAUUGUUUUUGGAAUUUAAUUUUUGGGGCGUCGAGUAUGCAUAGAUCCGGAGCUGUGAUGGCUUGGAACGUUUUCAAGUUCUGCACGGCCUUGAGGGGCCUUGGCUCGAUCAUGAUCCUUUUGGUCCUUGGCGUCGUGGGUGUAACCUAUUACGCCGUUGUUUUGACCAGCUACGGCCCGGCUUUGUACGACGGGGGUCUUACUUCCGUUAUAGCUGUUGCGGUGUUGAUCUUGUUUCAUGGUUUGUUGGUCAUGCUAUUAUGGAGUUACUUUUCUGUUGUUUUAACGGAUCCGGGUGGUGUGCCUCCAAAUUGGAGGCCUAUUAUGGAUGAGGAGAGAGGGGAGGGUGAUCCUUUGACUGGGUCAGAUUUUGGUGUUUCGCCAGCUGAUGCUUCAAAGCAGAGGGUUCGGUAUUGUCGAAAGUGCAGCCAGAUGAAACCGCCUCGCUGCCACCAUUGUUCUGUUUGUGGGAGAUGUAUACUGAAGAUGGACCAUCAUUGUGUUUGGGUUGUGAAUUGUGUUGGGGCUUUGAACUACAAAUAUUUCCUUCUUUUCUUGUUUUACACGUUUCUUGAAACAAGUCUUGUGACUUUAUCAUUACUACCACAUUUUAUAGCAUUCUUUACUGAGGGAGAAAUACCUGGAUCACCUGGCACCCUUGCAACCACUUUUCUUGCCUUUGUCUUGAACCUAGCGUUUGCAUUGAGUGUGAUGGGAUUCCUGAUUAUGCACAUAUCAAUGGUGGCUGCUAAUACCACAACCAUUGAGGCAUAUGAGAAAAAGACCACCCUGAAAUGGCGGUAUGACCUCGGUCGAAAGAAGAAUUUUGAACAGGUGUUUGGUACAGACAAGCUAUACUGGUUCAUCCCUGCAUACACAGAAGAAGAUCUACGGCGGAUGCCAGUGCUCCAGGGUCUUGAAUUUCCAUCAAAGCCUGAUUUGGAUGCCCAAGAGUUCUAACUUAUUCAUGUUGCAACUAAUUUGGGCUCAGAUCCAUCUAUUCCCAGAGCCAUCUUGUUGAAAUAACACGAGAGAGAGAGAGAGAGAGAGAGAGAGAGAGAACAUUGGAUGUGGGGGGCUGCAGCUCAAUCAGAGCAACACACCUGGCUUGUAGAGGAGUGGGAAUGGUAUGGUUGGUUGGUAUUGAUGUCAUGUCUUAACUAUCUAUUCUGGGAAAUCUGGAAAAUUGUAAUAUAAGAAAUGCAAUUGUCUGAGUCUUGACAUGUCUGGAAUUGGAAUUUGGAAAAUGUAGAAUCAGUCUGUGCCCCUAGCCCAGUUGUAUGCUGCUUGUAUGUUCUUGUCAAUGAUAUUUGGCUUUGGGAACUGUUGAGCAGAGGGAUAUGUAGAAUGGCUUGAAAUUUGGCUGCUUCAAUACCAUGAAGAAACGUUUUUCAUA